GAGACUUCGGAGUUGCGAAAAGUUGGUAGACUGCACUGUUUAUCAGGAACCAUUUCUUCCCCUUCCCAACUCCCACGUUCCAGCUCUCUCUCUCUCUCUCUCACAAACACACACUCUGAACCCCUGUUUUUUCUCUCUCUAGAAAGUCUAUGUACCAUUGAGAGAGCCAUAGCUUCGCCGUUUGAUGCAGCAAGUAAUGGGCUCAGAAGGAUCAAGUGUUGUGGUUCCGAGGAAUUUUAGGUUAUUAGAAGAGCUCGAGAGAGGAGAAAAGGGAAUUGGGGAUGGAACUGUAAGCUAUGGAAUGGAUGAUGCAGAUGAUGUAUACAUGCAAUCAUGGACUGGGACAAUAAUUGGUCCUCCAAAUACCGUUCAUGAAGGGCGCAUCUAUCAGCUGAAACUAUUCUGUGGUAAGGAUUAUCCGGAAAAGGCGCCAGGUGUUAGGUUUCAAACCCGUAUAAACAUGAGCUGUGUUGAUCGCGAAACUGGUUUGGUUGAGCCUAGUCUUUUCCCCAUGCUUGCUGACUGGCAACGGGAGUAUACAAUGGAGGAUCUAUUGACUCAAUUAAAGAAAGAGAUGAUGUCUCCCCAGAAUCGCAAACUAGCUCAGCCUCCUGAAGGCAAUGAAGGAGGGAGGGUGAAUCAGAAGGGGCUGAUGCUGAAGUGUUGUAUUCUCUAAUUUGUAGAAAUGUAGACCAUGAUAUGUAUGUAAAUAUAAACAGUUGACAAUUCCACCCCGGCUUUUGGAAUGAGACUGAUUAGCAAGAUCAUCCAUAAUCUUGGGAUCAAAUUGAUCUGUAACGUUUAAUCAUUAAUGUCAAAAAUGUUGUUGAAUAAGUUGGACUCUAAGAUGAGUCAGUAUCGUCUUCAAAAUUCGAUGAGA